AUGUCGGCGACUCUGCAGCUAAUUAUGCUGCUGACCCUUGUGGGAGGAACCGUUGGUCAAGCCAAUAAUACGGACCACGACGACGAUGACUACAAGCAAGUGUUUGCCUCCAUUUUGGCCCAACACGAGGGUGGCCUUGAGCUUCAUUUAAGGAGUUACAAAGAUGCAGACCUGGACAUUGUGCAGUUUGUGCUGAAGGAGGCCAGGAAUUCAUUGCAAAUAAGUGUUCAUCGUGGGGAGGAGGCUGAGAAGCAGGAAGAGUUCAUAGCCAUGCGGCAUCAUUUCUAUUUCUUUACGAAUAUAGAGGAAAUGCAACGUGUGCGGGGUAACCUCAUCAAUACCGAUGGUUUUUAUAUACUGGCCUUGGAGAGUCUGCUGCCUGAAGAUGAUCAGGUUUUAAAGGACUUUAUGGCCCAGAUCUGGCUGCAACAUGGCCAUAGUCGGAUUUACUAUAUCGAUUUGAGUAGAGGUCGCAUCUUCCUCUACAAUCCCUUCCAGCAGAGCAUUGUGUUGGUAAAGGAACCAAAAACUUAUGCUCGAAUCUAUCAGGACCUCAAUGGUUAUCCUUUGCGUAUAUAUAUCUUCGAUUCAGUCUACUCGGCUGUAUUGGGAGAUGGCGAAAACGAGAAGGUAUUAAGCGUGACAGGAGCAGAUGCCAAAUUGGCCAAGAUUGUGGCCAAACAUUUGAAUUUUACGCCGGACUAUCUAUGGCCAGAUGAUGAGUUCUUUGGCGGUCGCCUGGCGGAUGGUUCAUUUAGUGGCGGCGUGGGCCGUGCUCAUCGCGGCGAGGUGGACAUUAUCUUUGCCGGAUUCUUUGUCAAGGAUUACCUCACCACCCAGAUUCAGUUCAGUGCUGCUGUUUACACGGACGAUUUGUGUCUCUAUGUGCAGAAGGCCCAGAGGAUUCCACAGUCCAUUUUGCCACUCUUUGCUGUCCAUAAGGAUGUGUGGCUUUGCUUUCUGCUGGUGGGUCUUAUGGGUGCUCUGGUCUGGAUCUUGCUGCGACUCCUCAAUCUCAGACUAAACAUCGAAAGGAUACAGAAUGAAGGACUAAGGAGGGACACCUAUUUGAUGGCAGCUGCCAGACGCAUCUUUAUAGACACUUGGGUGGUCUGGGUGCGAGUGAAUAUCGUCCGGUUUCCACCCUUCCACUCGGAACGCAUUUUUGUGGCUUCUCUGUGCCUGGUGAGCGUGAUUUUUGGUGCUCUGCUGGAGUCCAGCUUGGCCACUGUUUACAUUCGACCUCUGUACUAUCGUGAUACGAACACCAUGAGGGAAUUGGAUGAACGCGGUCUACCCAUAUAUAUCAAGCAUCCUGCUUUCAAGGAUGACCUCUUUUCUGGCAGUGAUUCGGAGGUGUAUCGUCGGUUGGAUGCCAAGAUGAUGCUGGUUGCCGAAGGCGAAGAGAGACUCAUUGAAAUGGUGUCCAAGAGGGGACAUUUUGCAGGAGUAACCCGCUCUGCCAGCUUGGAGCUCAGUGAUAUUCGCUAUGUCAUGACCAAGAAGGUGCACAAGAUACCCGAGUGUCCCAAGAGCUAUCACAUUGCCUAUGUCCUGCCACGCCCCUCACCCUACUUAGAGGAGGUGAAUAGGAUUGUCCUGCGCCUGGUGGCCGCGGGAAUCGUAAGUCUUUGGACGGGCGAGACCAAGGAGCGGGCCAAGUGGAGUAUUCAGCGGUUUCCCGAAUAUCUGGCUGAGCUGGACGUGGGUCGAUGGAAGGUGCUCACCCUCUCCGACGUCCAGCUGGCUUUCUAUGCCCUGAGUAUAGGAUGUCUAUUGGCUGCCGUAGUGUGUCUGGCGGAGAUCUUCCUAAGACGCAAGUGCAGCAAGUUGCGACAGAACAAUAAUAACACUAUAUGUCAUAAGUUUGCCUUUUAUAAUUAA